AGAGCCCGCCCCCUCCCUCCCUCCUUCAGCCAUGUCGCAAGAAGAUGCCGGGGAAGCGGCGGCGACGGCGGCCUCGCUGUGUGUGUGCGGGGUGCUGGUGGCGCUGAGCUGGGCGCUGGGCGGGCGCCUGGGCCGGCAAUGCGGCGCCUCCCGCGCGGACCGCUGGCUGCUCCGCUGGCUCUGCUGGGACGCCCUCGUCCACGCUGCCCUGGAAGGUUCGUUUGUGUACCUGUCCCUGGGGAGAAGUGUUGCAAAAUCAGACAAUAUAAUUGCCUUAUUGUGGAAGGAAUAUGGCAAAGCAGAUGCAAGGUGGCUACACUCUGAUCCCACUAUUGUCUCAGUGGAGAUACUAACUGUUUUUCUGGAUGGGCUUUUAACAUUGAUUCUCAUUUAUGCCAUUCUCAAACAGAAGCAUUACCGACACUUUGUGCAGAUUACGCUUUGUGUUUGUGAAUUAUAUGGAGGAUGGAUGACCUUUUGUCCAGAGUGGCUCACAGGGAGUCCCAACCUGAACACCAGUUCCUGGAUGUAUCUGUGGGUCUAUUUAGGCUUUUUUAAUGGCAUAUGGGUCAUUAUCCCUGGAUGUCUACUGCUACAGUCUUGGGUAGCCCUCAGAAAAAUGCACAAUGAGCGAUCUAAUUGGAAAAAAUACAAAUAAUGAAGACAUUAGAACUGCCAGAUUCAAAUUAACUGUGGCUUGACCUUGAAUCUCACCAAUAUAGAAAGCUACUUCUAGGAGCAGAAGAGCAAAACGAAAAGUUGUUUUUCUUAGAUGAAGACUACAAGGCAAAGCUGACAAUAUUUCUACCUCUGCUUAAAUAAUGAAAUGAGAAUGAACGUUAAUAAAACAAUUACCAGUAUACGUAUCUUAUAAAGACUUUUCAGUGACUCUGUAGCCAGUUACUCACAAAUCACUGAUCUGAAUGGAGCUACUUUCCUGCAUUAAUGUUUGACAGGAUAUUUUAGAGCUCAAAUAUAAAAAGUGCAUUGUAAAAGUUUUCUGUUUGUAACAAACUAAUUUUUAUAUAAUUGUAUUCUUUAAUAAAGAAUUUGUGGUGAUAGUUUUUUUUUAAUUUUUUUAAACUUUUGUCUUCGAAUUAAAAACUUUUUGUGAUUAUA